AUGACGAAGCGCGCCCAGGAUGAGCGGCAUGGGACGCCUGAUGCGAAGCGCGCGCGCUUCGAAGGCACAGGGCCUGAUGUGGAUGCAAGCGCUGUAGCGCCGUCAGCACUGAUUUCCACUCAGCUCGACCUCGAUGCAGCAAUUGCGGCACGCAAAGAAGAAAUUCUCGCGCUGCACCGCGCCAUGGUGCAUGCGCGUGAGAGCACAAAUAUGCGCGCAUGGCAGCUGCUUCCACGGCAUUUGCGCCGGCGUGCAGCUUCGCAUAAUCCGCUGCGACUUCCUAAGCGAUUGCGUGCCAAAGGACACAGCGAAUUGCGCGCAUCCAACACGGCGCCAAAGACGCGCAGUCAAGUGCGCCGCCGCGCACCGGAGCGCACCUUGUGUGGUUUCAUACGCCGCCGUGCAAGUCUCAUACACCGUGCGUCGAAACAUACCCGCGUUUGGCUAGAGACACAUCUAUGGCACGCCAAGCGGUUCCGCAUGUCGGGCGACAAGCAAGCACAGGACGGGGGCGAAGGGCGUUUUGGCUACUGUCUCGCCGAGAUGCCCCACCUAAAAAAGUUCCGCGCGAGCUGGCGGAGCGCAGCCGAGUAUGCGACGCUGCACGACGCUAGUUAUUACACAGUAUUUCGCCUCACCGCGUGCGCCUCGGCGCGACAUCCCAUGGAGGCAGUCCGGCGCAUGCAGUUGUGGCUAUACCUUGCCGGCGCAGCGCACGGCUGGGAGUCGUCUUGGACGUGCGGCACACGACUGUGCGAGACGAUGCUGCUUGCGCGUGCGCGCGGCAGAAAUCGUGCGCGCGCAACGUCACUCUUCCUGGCGCCCGUCGCGCCGAUACAGUUGCUGUGGGUGCAUACAAAAAAUGCACAAACAUGUUUUGUGCUUGUCCAUCCGGCCGGCACACACGCUCUGCAUACCUCUUUGCAGCAGGGUUUGGAUGCGGUGGACGCGGAGCAAAAACGGCCGCGGCACACACCACCUAUUCCGCAGCGCUGGUCGCGGCAGGUGCAGCUGCGUUUGGAACUACUGCCUUCUGCAAGCCCUGCUAUCGCUGCGGGCAUGCACACGGCACCGCGAGCAUCGAUUCCCGUGCGCAGCAAAGGCGGGUUCAACAUAUUCCGGCUCGUCGGCAAGGAUGCAGGGCGCAUUUUGGGAGGUGUGCUCCGUGCAGCGCCGCAGCAGCUGCCCGAAGGCGGCGAGGCGACUGCACGUGUGCGUGUAUUGGACCACAUCACAGGCAAGGCGUCCUUCACGCCGCCCGCCGCGAUACCCACCAACAUGGCACUCUCGCUGCGCGUCCAGGACCCGCGCUUACACUUUCCUCCGCGGAAUGUACGCGCAGAAGCGUCCGAUGGUGAAGCGCUGCAGCACCUUGUGCUAGUGCGCAACAACGGCACGCCAAAGUAUACAGACGCGCGCUUCUUUUCAUACCAUGCGCUUCCCCGCCACUCAAAAGGAGCGCUGGACGCACGGCGCGCGCAGCAAAGUGUGCCCGGACGCCUCGAACCAGCGCCCGACGACGAUACAGUGCCCGUGCUUAUUUUGCAGUGCACGAUCCGCGGCGCAAAAAGCAAUGCCGAUCUGCAUGGAUAUACCCUUCUUGUCCCGCGCGGCUGGGGCAUGAUUUUCUGGCAGUCGCUCGUAUACACGGGCGCCACGGUGCUUGGACAAGGCCAAGUUCGGCAACAAAUGCUCAUGCUGGGCAGGCCGUCUUUUCCCGAGGACUGGAUCACUUCACAGGCGUACGCACACUUGGAGGACGCUGCAGAAGCACAGCGGCGAGCGGCAUGGGAGCGGCGCCCGCCCGCAAAGCGCGUUGCUUUUCACGACGCUGCGUUUUAUCCAUUUGGCGGUAUGCAAAUGUGGGCGUCAUACUUGCGUAACGCUUCCGAGCAUGCAGCACUGCCCAUGCACCUUGUACCGCCCUGCAAUGCAGCGGCAUGGACCCGCUUGUGUACAGCACUAGCACGCAAGCCGGCAGAUGAGGAUGCGCCGCACUCCACCUCGCUCUGGUCCCGGGCCAAGUACGAAGAGGCUGUACUGCGUGCUCAGUUGCGGCCGCAUCACACCAUCAUUGGCUCCUCGGUUGUCAUGGUCCUGCUCACGGCGUCGAAGCGCGGCGCAUUCAGGGAGCUCGCGACCCUGCAUAUUCCCACGCUAAAUGACACCAUCCAAUGGCGUACAGCGCUGGAUCCGCCGACGCGCGAAAAAGACGCGGCGCGGCAAGCAUUGGAUCACCUGGAACAUGCGGCCGCGGCAAGGCGAUUGCAAGCAUGA